GCGAACUAUCACCAAACGCAACAGCGGGCCAAUUCGUAUAUAAUACGUUUACAUUUAUCUAAAAAAAGAUGAGGAAAACUGAAGCGAAGAAACGCAUGAAGCAUCCAGAAGCGAUUUCUUCUUUUUGCGACGCCCUAAAUCAAUUUGGGAAUUUAAACAAAAGUUUUCUCGAGAAGAUACAAGACAUACAAACAAAUACUUUAGAAAUGCGACAUCACAUCGACCAAACUGUGGAAAACUGUUUAGACAACUCUCAAUUGUCAAGAUACUCACUAGACUAUCUACAAUUUCUGCUCCAACGAAAUAAAUCAACCACUGAUAACAAAGUUACUCUUUCUUUGUAUGCAAAAUUAAUAACAAAUAACGAAAUUCUGAAAAUCGACGAUGCAUUUGCCGAUAUGGAAAGAACACUCCCAUACUUCCUUUUUCCAAAGAAGGACGACGAGUCUAAACAAAACAACUCCAAACAAACGCUCAGACAAACUACUGGACGUGUAUUACGGCGGCGAACUCGCAGCCGAGUUGCUCCAAAGUAUCUUCAGAAUACAGAUGACUCAUCCAGUCAAACGAACUCAAGUGACGAGGAUUAUGAAUCAGGAAACUCCGCCUCUCUUACUGCUCACUCUCAGGUUCCAUCCAGUUUAAGUGAACAAAAUGGUUGCUACUGUGAUGGCCAAGAGUUCGGUCAGGUGGUAUAUUGCUCUAAUACAAACUGUGAACGGCAUUGGUUUCAUUUAGCAUGUUUACACAUGGAGGAUUAUCCAUCAAAACAAUGGAUUUGCGACAGGUGCCUAGAGAAGGCUUGACUUGCAUUAUAGUUGGUCAUUGUCAAAAUUAAAACUCUCCAUUUUAAGAGCGAGUUCUCGUACUCCCUCAUGACCUAUCUAAUUUGCAAAUUAGCAAACACACAUCUCACUAUCCUGUACUAUAAACCGUAUCACAUUGUUUUUCCUCCCACCCUCUACGCCUUUUACACUUACAUCGUUUCUUUUCUUUUACAUAUUUGUUGACCACAUAUUCUUUGCUGAAAACCGACGAAUGUCGCUACAAAAAACUAUUUCUGAACCGGAUUACUUUUGUGUGAUGACCAUAUUUGAAUAUGUGAAUCACUACAACCGCUGGCAAAUAAGUUAAGGUAAUUUUGGAGUACAUCGGUUGAAGACAUUGGAUGCUUCCAGCAGACACAUAGCGGAAUUCUGUUUUGAAAAGAUAUGGUUUCAACGGCUUGACCUCCCUCAAGGUCCCAUAUCUUCAUCGUCCGAUCGUCCGAAACCGAAAGGAAAUACUUACCGCAUGGAUGGAACGUAAUACUAUGGACCCAGUUUUUAUGCCCUUCGAACUUAUGUAGCAGCUUCCCAGUAGCACCAUCCCACAGGAAUAUUUUGUUGUCUCUGGAUCCAGUUAAAAAUAACAACCGUGAUAAUGUUUCUUGACGUGCUGCUACUUCUCGUCCAAAAAAUUUCUGCACGUAGGGAUAUGCUGUAGAUGGCAGUACUUCCACACACUCAAUUACAUGUGAAUGUCCCGUGCAGAGAAUCGGUCGAGCACUUUCGUUUCUGAGAUCUAACACUCGUGCUUUUCCAUCAUUACCUGCGGCCACAAAGUGCUCUUUGUCCUCAAAAACAGCCAGUGCACGGACCCACUGUGAGCCAAAUUGAUUGAAAACUCGAACACAUUCUCCAGUUUCAACAUCCCAUAAGCGGACGCUUCCGUCCUUUGACCCCGAUAACAAAAGUAAAGGACCAUCAUGCUCUUUUAAAAAUCGAAUACAUGACACCGUAGCCUCAUGUCCAGUUAAUGCGUAAAGAUUCGCAUAUCCGCUGGUAGCAUCCCAAAGGCAAAUAGUUGCGUCCUCUGCACCUGAUGCAAGAUAUACUUUUUCUUGUUCAUUUCCAGUCGUUUCUGAAAAUGCAAGAGCUCGAAUGCUUUUGAAGUGUCCAACAAGAGUCGUUUCGAGAGAAUUUGUAUCACAAUCCCAAAUUUUUAUUUUCGCAUCUUCACUUGCAGAGGCCACUACUGUAAUGUACGGGUGGAACGCCAAAGCAGUAAUUGGGCUUCUGUGUCCCAGAAGUUCCACUUCAUCAUCUUUUUGCGGAAGCCAUAUUUCCUUAGUAGCCUUAUAUGGUUGUAAUUUUACAAGUUCAUUUUCCAGCUUACGAUUGUAGAACUCAAGUUCUAAGAUCUUUCGUACUUAGCAUUAUACGAUUAUCUCUUUAUCCAUUCUAACUUACUUUUUUCUGUAGUCUUAGCAAGCCUGUCCACUUUUUUUCGAGGUGAUUAUUAGCUCUACUAAUUUCGAGACUCUUUCCCUUUGACAAUUGGAUUUGUCGUUCCUCCAAUUCUUCUUUAAACGUGUCGUGCGACCGCUGAAAUCCAUUGGUUUCAAAGUGGUCAAGAAUUGCCAGGUAUCUAAUGAAUUGAAUGUUAACAUAAUCCUAAAACACGCGUACCCACAAUUCAGCUUUCUGCUUUGAAGUUAACAGAGACAUGACUUUUAACACAAGGAUUACAAUAAUUGUGAAGGUCUCCAAUUUCCAAUGCAGUAAUACUCUUUUAAUUUGCAAACAGCAACAAUUUUUUGAAAUUUGCUAAACUGACGCGUUAUAUUUGUACAAUGGGGUAAUUUUUGUCGUAAUUGAU